AUGUCUACUCCAAGCCCUGCAGCAAGCUCUGUCGCUGAUGAGUAUAUUGCCGACGUUCAGGCCAUGACGAUGAAUAGCACACUCGGCAUUGUCGUCGCAGCACUGCUCUUGUACGACAUCCUUCUCACCUCCGGCCAAGAGUACCUAUACAUCUGGCAAUCACCGAAGACCUGGACCUCGCGAGUCGUCUAUUUGUGGAACAGGUACAUGUACUCGGUGUAUUACAUCCUCUCCCUUGGGGCCAUCCAGUCGAUAUCGGACACUAGCAAGAUUCUCGGCGGGCUAGCAUUGGUGCUGGGCAUGGCGCCCUUCGUCGUGAACGCGAUCUCUGCGUACCAAAGACCUCCCAUCAACCUUCCCGCACCCCUGAACUGCACAGAGUACAACACGGCAAGCACGAGUGUUAACAUCGGGUGGGUGUCAGUACGGCAGUUCCUGCCAGAUAAACAGCUGUUGACCUACCCGUACAGUGACAAUAGCGUCGAGGAGUGCUCUGAUCCUCGUAGACUCUCUGGCCGUCGUCGUCACCUGGUGGCAAACACGUGCAGCGGCUCAGCUCAGGGCGGGUACAAUGAAGCAACCGUCACUCGAACGGGUGAUGUGGGAAAACGGAACUAUCUAUUUCUGGUUCGUUACUACUCGUCGAUUCAGGGUUACAGCCGCACGCUAGUCUCCAUAAACAUAGUGGAUAUGGUGCUUGACAUACUUUCGAUCACCGUAACGCCGGGUGCAGCAUCGUCGUAUGUCGUUGCCUUCGUCGACCCAAUCUCCUCCGCCUUGAAUAGCCGCUUCCUGCUCGCCCUUCACGAAACGAACGCGCGAAUGGGUGGGACAGACGCGUCUAUGGUUUCAUCCCUCAAUUUCAACGCCGUCAGUGGCGGGGACCCCAGGGUAAGCUCGCCCGAGCUCCCGGGAUCUCUCGGCGUCCUCGGGGGCCCGAUCCACUCGUUCCACGAGGAUGACGAUGACUUAGAAUCGCUCCAGCUCGCGUCGUGGUCGCAGGAGGAGCACCAGGUCAAGCCUGGUCUCGGAGGAGUGGCGGAGAGUGGCGGAGACGGAGACGGGGAAGAAGUCGCCUAA